UGUGCGUGGUGUUUGUGUAUUGGCGUGUGCGCGUAUGUGUGCGUGCGUGCGUGUGCGAGUGUGCGUGUGUGAAUUGCCGGAGGAUUUACUUUUAACUGUUAAACGGGAACACAUAAUAAUAAUAUAAUGUAUAAUAAUAAAAAUAAAACAUAAAUUACACUUAUAAACACAGAUUAAUGUUAACGGCAAUGAGUACAACAAUAGCUGGCUAGGUAGUAUAUAAUAGUAAACCGUACAUGUACAACCCACAUAGAGCAUAGUGACGGCAGUAGACAGUAGUGUAUAUUUUAAUGACAAGAAAUAUAGAAAUUUGAACGGAUACGAAAAUCAAAAUACCACCGAACCGAGCUCUGGAACAUCGCCUCACACGACACACGGUGUUCACUACUACUACUACUACUACUACUACUACUACUACUACUACUACUACUACUACAACGACUACUAUUACUACUACUAUACUAGUACUACCACACGAGUACUACUACCACUACCACUAUAAUAAUACUACGCUACUACAUAAAAUUGUAUAUAACAUAAUAUAUAUAUAUGUAUACUAUUUUUUUUUAUUAUUAUUAAUAUUAUCGUUUGUUGUUAAAUUAAUUUUCGUCUCUUAUCGACACGAAUCUAUCGUUUGUCUCGUUCGCGAUAGACGUCGUACGGAUUUACACGCCGCCGCCGCCGUUGUAGUUCGGGAGUACGCACGGACUGGAAUCGAAACGCGCGUCGUCGUUGCCGCCGCCGCCGCGUAACAUGCAUUUUGGCCGCCGCCGCCGCAGUUGUUCCGACGUUAAAAGUGUCACGGCGCCUACAUGAAUGGUCGUCGUUUACGUUGUUGCCGCUUAGCUACGACGCCGCGAUAUCAUCACACGACAAUUAUAUGAUGUGAUUGUCUCGAGACUUACUCUGUCCGGAAAUAAAUCCAAAACUGAUAAACUACGAUUGUAUCAAACAAUGUCAGACGGCGACACCAAUGAAGAUCUGCUAAAUAGCAGUAUUUAGUUGGUUCAGAAGACUAUGGAUUCAUAUGAGUUGUUUGGAGAGGAUGUGGGUGGAAACAUGUUGGAAGGUUUAUCUGAAUUGGGAGGAGAUAAUUUCACCGAUGUGGCAGGUCGUGGAAGUCAACCCCCUGCAAAUACAGGUUAUGCCCAAUCGCAGCCAUAUCAGUUACCUGGAGAAAUGCAUGGUCACCAAGGGGAGUCUCCACUACAAAAACUUGCAUCAUUUGGACCCCCAGGUGGUGCAGGGCCGAGUGCACCUGAUUACAACCCUGGUAAUCACAUGGAUCACUUUCAUUCUAAUCACUCUGGAUCAGCUUACGGAUCAAGUAGGGUUUCUUCAGGCCUAAGACCUAAUUUAGGACAAUCUGGACCGCCACAGUAUUCACCUUAUUCAGAUGCUGCAGCAGGCAUGUAUGGUGCCACUGAUCAAGCUGCUUUACAAGCUUGGUCUAAUUAUCCUGCUCCAGGUAUUAGUAGGCAUUAUCCACAUAUAGCCCAACCAUCAUACAGACAGCAUAUGAGCUAUCAACAACAACCCAGUCAAGAAAAUCAACAGAAACCAGGCCAGUAUGUAUCUAUGAUGACUUCACAUCAAGCUCCAUCUAGUGUUUAUUCGCGAAGUCAACAACAAUCAAUGGCACCUUAUCAAAAUAUGAUGUAUUCAAACACUUCACCUGGAUAUUCUGCUUAUGGUCAUCAACAGAAUACUACUACAGUUUCUUCAAGAAUACCACCUCAUCACAUGCAACAAUAUCCACAGCAACAAAUGCAAAUGCCUGAAAUUCCUAAUCCUCAAGCUCCAUCAAAUUAUAACCAUUUACAAACACAAAUGACUUCUCAUCCAGCAUUUUCACAGCAACCUCAACCACCUCAACAACAGCAAUCUCAACCACAACAACCACAACAACAAAUGCCACAAAGAUCAUUAGGAAUUGAUGUGCCUAGUAAUCCUUCUUACGGGCCACCUAGUGGGGGUAACCAAAGUAAACCUCAUACUUCUCAAGGAGGAAGCCCUCAACCGCAAUACCGUGCACAGUUUCCCCAACUGUCGCCUCAGAUGUCUCCACGACCUCAAAUGUCACCUAGACCACAAAUGUCUCCAAGGCCUGUAAUGUCGCCAGCAAAACCAACUACGCAUUCACCACAUCCUCAUUCCGCUCAAUCUAACAUGUCUCCAAGGCCUGCUACAGCAUUAACUCCCAAAGCAGUGGCUACUUCAAGCCCAUCUCCAUAUGCUCAACAGAGUACCCUUCAACAACUUGAACAAAUGGUGAUGCCUACAGUUAAUACUAAUACAACCACAGAUUAUCCAGGAUAUAGAAGUGGCUUACAAGCUAAUACUUCUCCACAUUGGCAAUCAGCACCGAGACCUCCUCAUAACGGAGGAAUGGUUUCUCAAAAUAUUAACGACCAAGGAUUACCAGUUUAUUCAGCUAUGCCAUCUGAAGACCAAAAUCUGGAUUCUUCUAAAUCUCAAUCAAAUUCUAAUUCUAGUGGUAAUUUGAAUAUGAAUAAUAUACCUAAUAUGGGUGAAUCAAAUUCUAUUCCAAAUCAAAAUAAUCUUGAUUAUCCUCCUAACGCACAAAAUAAAUAUACCAUUUUAGAACCGCAACACAUUCCUGUUUCACAUUCUGCAGAUAUGCCUCCAACUUUAGAACCACAAACAAACAUACCGCCAGCUCAACAGCAACAACAAUUACAACCAACAAACCAGAACCCAAGUUCUAUGGAACAUAUGGGGUCUAACAGUAUGACUUCUACAAGUAUUGGGUAUAAUGAUUCAAUGUCACAGUAUCAAAAUGGUAACAAAAUGGAAGAAAUGAUCGGCAAUCAACCACCUGAUGCACCUCAGCAGAUGCAACAUUCCCAAGCUUCAAUGUACGAUCCUAGAGGCCCUCCACCUCCGGGAAUGUAUCAUUCUUCGCCAAUUAGUCAUCAACAAGAAAUGGCAGCGUUGCAACAGCAACUUCAAGAAUUAUAUUGUAUGCCACCUACUGGUCCUGAUCAUCAACUAAGGAUAAAUCAUAUUCAAGAUAGGAUAUCUAUUCUACAACAACAUGAAGCAAAUGAUCAAUGCAUGGGUGGUGUACACUGUCCAGUUGUUAACCCUAUGUAUCAACCUGCCAUCAUGGAACCGGCUGUACCAGUAGUAUCGGGUCGUGGAAGAGGAAGAGGACGGGGAAGAGGUAGAGGUAGUACAUCAGGCGAAGGCCGAGGGACACCUAGACCUAGAAAAAGCAGGAAAAAAGCCCAAGAGCCUGAGCAAAUUCCAUUUUCUCCUCCCUUAUUACAACCAGAAAUGCCAACACAUCCUAUGGUGCCACAAGAUAUGAUGCCAAUGCAUAUGAAUAUGAGUCCUGGUAUGGCUCAACCUCAUCAUAUGAUGGCGCCUGGAAUGCCACAUAUGGGAAUGCCACCUAACCCAAUGCAUCAUGAACAUAUACCACAAUCGUCAAUGUAUAAUAAUUCUGAAUCUGCAUACCAUCACCAUAUGCAAUCCUUAGGAUGUCCUCCACCACAGCAUGUGCCUCAACAACCUCCACCUCAACAGUUGCAACAGCUGCCGGUGCAGCAACCUAUAAUACCCUGUACUUCUGAGUCACAAAUAGUGUCUAAUUCUGUUCCUUAUCCAGAGCCUAUAAUGCCUCCAGUUCAUCUUGAACAACCUAUACAAAUGUCUCCUGAACAACAGCAGCCACAACAACAAAAUCCACAACCACAACAACCGCAGCAAGAGGAAUUGCCUCAACAACAAAUACAACAACCACCAAUAAUGCCUCAGUCUCCAGUUGAAUCAGAAUCACAAUCUCGUGCUGAAUCUCCUUUGAUGGAACAAAUAAACCAAUCUCCACCACCUGAAUCUGAAGUACUGUCACCACAAGUUCCGACAGAAGUAAAAAAAGAUUCUGAUCCUGACAUUCAAUCACCAAUUGGAAGUCCUGUUGAAGAAAAAUCAGUAGUUGAUAAUGAUAAUACUUCAGUUGUUUCACAUCGGUCUAGAUCAUUAUCACCAGCAGAAUUAAAUGAACCACAAUCUCUUGAACGAGAUUGUUGGUCAGGUAGUGAACAUGAUCCUCCUCCGCCAACAUUGACCGCAGAAGUAUCACCUCCAGCUUCUCCAAAAGUUGAAAAUGAAGAAAUAGCUGAAUCUAGUAUUUUCAAUUUCACUGAAGAUGAAGAACCUCCCCCACCACUUCAUUCAUUAUCUGAUGGAUCUCCUAGGAAAUUAAAAGGACUUCCAAGAUCGAAGAAAUCACAAUCUCCAAAAACAAAAAAGCCUAAAGCAACUAAAGUUCCUAAAUCUAAAGCAAAAGAUCGUAAGAAAAAAGAAAUUAUUCUAGAAGCUGAAACAGUUGAAACAACUCCUCUUCCUCCACCUACAAAGCCUAAAAGACAAUCAAAGAAAAAGAAAAACUCUCCACCUGAAAAUAAAGUAUCUGAAGAAAUAGAUCAUAGUAAAAAUACAAUUGAAGUAAAGCAAGAGGGAAUAAAUGAUGAAGAUUUAACUGAUAAAUUGGAAAUGAAGGUUGAUGAAGCUGUUGAAAAGGAGUUGGAUGACACUGAACUUGAUACAAAUCUUGUAAAGAAUGAUAAAGAAGUUACAGCUGAUGAAUCAUUAGCAGAUAUAGAAUCAUUGCCUGAAAGUCAACCAGAGCAGCCUACAAAAUCUUCAAAAUCAUCUAAACGUAGUACUGAUCGAAAAUCAAAAAGUCGUAGUAGUCGUGCUUCCAAACGCAAGAAACCUAAACCACUGGUAACAAAUGAAUCUGAAAAUGAUGAACCUAAUGUUACACCACCACCGUCUCCUGAAGGUGAUGAUAAUAAACGAAGAUCUGGUAGACAUACACAAAGAAAGAAGUAUGUUGAUGACAUUAUGUUAGCUAUGUCUGAUGAAGAUUCAAGAAAAUCUUCUUCUCCUCAACGUUCUAAGUCCACGGUUUCUGGUAAUGGAAAUGAAAAUAAACAAACAAAUCAAGAUAAAAAUGCUAAUGGAAGUAAUUCCAUUAAGCCCAAUAUGGUAUAUAUUAAUGUAACUGAUGAGGAUUCCAUGGUUGUACAGCAUAUAUUAGCCGUUCGAAAAGGUACAAGAGAAGCCACUAAUUUAAAUAAAGAAGAUAAAAAUUCACCUAGUGAUAGUGAAGGUGAAAUUAAAAAAGAAAUCGAAGAAAAUCAAAGUGAUGAAAAACCAGAUGAAAAACUUGAUGAAAAAUCUGAAAAGAUGUCAGAAGACCUAUCUGAAGAAAAAUCUAUUAUCAAAUCUGAUGAAAAAUCUGAUACUACCGUAAAGGCAGAACAAGAUGAAUCAGAGAAAAAUGAUGAAAUUGAACAAAAAUUAGAUGAAAAUGAAGAUAGUUCCAAGAAAACUAUUGAAAUAGACGAAUAUUAUGUAAAAUAUAGAAAUUUUUCAUAUCUUCACUGUGAGUGGAAAACUGAGGAAGAAUUAUUGAAAGGUGAUAAAAGAAUUGCUGCUAAGCUUAAGCGAUUCAAACAAAAAAUGGCGAAUAAUACUAAUAUUUUUGAAAAUCUCGAAGAAGAACCUUUUAAUCCGGAUUAUAUUGAAGUUGAUCGUGUUCUUGAUGUAUCGGAACAAUUAGAAGAACCAAAUGCUGAAAAACCAACUAAAUACUAUUUGGUGAAAUGGCGAUCUCUUCAAUAUGAAGACAGUACUUGGGAAUUAGAACAAGAUGUUGAUCCAGCAAAAAUUGAAGUUUUUGAAAGAAUAAGAUAUACACCGCCAAAAGAUCAAUGGAAGCCUAAGAAAAAACCAUCUCCUAAUGAUUGGGUGAAAUUAGAUAAAUCUCCUGUUUAUAAAAGCAACAAUACUCUUAGAGAAUACCAAUUAGAAGGCCUUAAUUGGUUACUUUUUUCUUGGUAUAAUGGGCGCAAUUGUAUCUUGGCUGACGAAAUGGGUCUCGGUAAAACAAUACAGUCAUUAACAUUUAUUCAUGCUGUUCAUGAAUAUGGGGUGCGAGGUCCAUUUUUAGUUAUAGCACCAUUGUCAACUAUUCCAAAUUGGCAAAGAGAAUUUGAAGCAUGGACUGAUUUAAAUGUUAUUGUUUACCAUGGAUCAUCUCAUAGUAGAAAUAUGGUACAGCAAUAUGAAAUGUAUUAUCGGAAUGAUAAAGGGGCUAUAAUUAAAGAAAUAUCUAAGUUUGAUGUUCUUAUUACAACAUUUGAAACCAUUAUAUCUGAUUGUAUGGAACUUCGAGACAUUAGUUGGCGAUUAUGUGUAAUUGAUGAAGCUCAUCGUCUUAAAAAUAGAAAUUGUAAAUUGUUAGAAGGAUUACGUGCAUUAAAUCUUGAACACAGAGUUUUGUUAUCUGGAACACCUCUUCAAAAUAAUGUAAACGAGCUAUUUUCUUUACUCAAUUUCCUUGAACCAACACAGUUUUCAAGCUGUGAAGAUUUCUUGCAAGAAUUUGGUGCUUUGAAAUCUGAAACUGAAGUACAAAAACUUCAGUUAUUGUUAAAGCCUAUGAUGUUAAGAAGAUUAAAAGAAGACGUUGAAAAAUCAAUCGCUCCUAAAGAAGAAACUGUUGUUGAGGUGGAAUUGACUAACAUUCAGAAAAAGUAUUAUAGAGGGAUUUUGGAAAAAAAUUUCUCAUUUUUAUCUAAAGGAACUACUUCUGCCAACGUACCAAAUCUUAUGAAUACAAUGAUGGAAUUAAGAAAAUGUUGUAUUCAUCCUUAUCUGUUGAAUGGUGCUGAAGAUCAAAUUCAAUAUGAUUAUCGUAAUUUAAAUGGUGACGAUCCCGAUGUUUAUUACAAAGCUUUAAUUCAUUCAUCUGGUAAAAUGGUAUUAAUUGAUAAAUUGUUACCAAAACUUAAGGACAACGGUCACAGAGUAUUGAUUUUUAGUCAGAUGGUACGAUGCUUAGAUAUUAUUGAAGAUUAUUUAGUGUACAGAAAAUAUCCUUUUGAAAGAUUAGAUGGUAGGAUUCGAGGAAAUUUACGUCAAGCUGCUAUUGAUAGAUACUGUAAACCUGAUUCUGAUAGAUUUGUAUUUUUAUUGUGUACUAAAGCUGGAGGAUUGGGUAUUAAUUUGACUGCAGCUGACACUGUUAUUAUUUAUGAUAGUGAUUGGAAUCCUCAGAAUGACCUUCAGGCACAAGCACGUUGUCACAGAAUUGGUCAACAGAAAAUGGUUAAAGUGUAUAGACUUUUAUGUCGGAAUACUUAUGAAAGAGAAAUGUUUAAUAAAGCAUCUUUGAAACUUGGACUGGACAAAGCAAUUCUUCAAAGUAUGAACACAGCACAAGGAAAAGAUUUAAACAACAAGCAACUUACUAAAAAAGAAAUUGAAGACUUAUUAAAGAAAGGGGCAUAUGGUGCUGUUAUGGAAGAAGAUAAUGCAGGAGAUAAAUUUUGUGAAGAAGAUAUAGAUCAAAUUCUUAAACGUAGAACUCAGGUUAUUACAUUAGAAAGUGAAAAGGGAUCGACCUUUUCAAAAGCAAGUUUUGCCUCUAGUGGUAUUCGACAAGAUAUUGAUAUUGAUGAUCCUGAUUUUUGGAAAAAAUGGGCCAGAAAAGCUGACAUUGACACAUCUGAAGGAGGAGAUCAAAAUGAUUUAGUUAUAUCAGAACCACGCCGACGUACACAAAUUAAACGAUAUGGUCAUGAUGAAGCUGUUAUGGAUAUGUCAGAACUUGAAUCAUCAGGUUCUGCUGAUAGUGAUGUGGACAAUAGCUUAGGAGUUGGGCGUGGAAGAGGACGCCGUACUAGAAAAAGCAAAAAAUUACGCACUAAAUUUAUACCUGAUGAUUAUGUACCAAAAGAUGGAGAAGUCGCGUAUGGUUGUUGGACUAGAAGUGAAUGUUUUAAAGUUGAAAGAGGAAUUCUGACUUUUGGUUGGAGCCGUUGGCCAGAAAUUAUUCAACAUAAUGACUUUCGUGAAGGAUGGAAAGAAAGUGAUGUGGAGGAUCUUGCACGGAUUGUUAUUUUAUAUUGUUUACGUUUCUACCGAGGAGAUGAAAAAAUACGUUCCUUUAUUUGGGAUCUUAUUACACCUGACAAUAUUUCAACCGAUGAUUCUCCUUCUCAUGGUGGCCAAAACUCUCGCGGAGCUAAAAAAUAUCGAAAACCUAAACAAAAAGAUUUCAAUUCUACUCAAUUAAUUGAUGAAGAACACUGGAGUAGAAACAACAAAUAUGACGGAGAUUUGUUUUUAGAAAGCAAUUAUCGUAAACAUCUAAGUCGACAUGCAAACAAAGUUUUAUUACGAAUACGUAUGUUAUAUUAUAUCAAAAGUGAUAUAGUCGGUGAAUUUAGUCAACAAGUCGCUGAAGGUGUUCAUGUCAGUGCUUUACCUAUUAAUACACCAAUUUGUGACUUAACUCCUGCUCCUUGGUGGGACCGAGAUGCAGAUCGUUCACUUUUAGUAGGCACAUAUAAACAUGGUUUUGAAUCAUACAACCAAAUGAGAAGUGAUCCAGCUUUGAGUUUUCUAGCAAAAUGCGGUCCACCAACACUUGAAGAAAAAGAAACAGCAAUAACAAAAUUCAACGAUGUUGAAGAAGGUGCUGAAUUACCAUUAAACUCAGAAGAAGUAUCAUCAGAGCCACCAACUCCUUUAGCAACUGAAGAUAAUGCUAUAAGUAUAGCACCACCAACUCCGACAUCUACUACAGAUGAAUAUAUAUGGCCUUCAAUUGGUGAUCUUAACAAUAGGGUGAGACGAUUAAUAAGCACCUGCCAGAGAAACUUUAAAAAAGAAGAGCAAAAGCUGGUGCAAAAAGCUAAGGAUGUGACCAUGUAUAAAUAUGAUCUCGGAUCGCCGAGAUCUUUGAUGGAUUCCAUCAGUUCAUCACAGGCAUUGCCGCUAGGAGAAUCAACAUGCGCAGCGACGUCAGGUACAGCCCAAUUAUCAGGAGACGUUGCCAGCCUCCUUGGUACGGGACAGCCCGGAUGGGACUGGCAACAACUGGCCAUGUAUCUUUGGAAGGUGGAAAGACGAGAAAAAUAUGAACAAUUUGUAAGAGAACGUGAACGUCAAAGACUUGAAAUAAGUCAGAAAAAGUGGACACGUAAAGAAGAACAAGAAUUUUAUAGAGCUGUAACUGCUUAUGGUGUAGAUUAUGACAGGGUUUCAAAGACUUACAAUUGGACUAAAUUUAAGAGUGUUGCUAGAUUAGAAAAGAAAUAUGAUGAUACCUUAACAGAAUAUUUCCGCUCAUUUUAUGCUAUGUGCAAACGUUUGUGUGGUCAAACUUUAACUGAAGAAGAAGAACUAUGUGAUUUUCCAAUGGAAAUGAUAAAUGAAGAACGAGCUCGACGAGCACUUGAUCGUAUUAAUUUAAUAGUUAAAAUAAGAGAAGAAACACUGAAUCAUCCACGUCUAGAUGAACGUUUAAAAGGUUGUCAAAUAUCUGCUGAUGUACCUGAUUGGUGGCAACCGGGAAAACAUGAUAAAGAUUUACUUAUUGGAGUUUCUAAGCAUGGUUUAGGAAGAACAGAUUUUUAUAUUCUUAAUGACCCUGAAUUAUCAUUCCGAGAAAUUGUUCAAAAAAAUUUGUUAUCAGCUGUAUCUGGAUCCUUUACCACAGAAAUGCUUGAAGCCGCUAAAUUAGAAACAACAAAAACAGAAGCAGCCAAAUUAGAUGCAACCAAAAUUGAUGCAUCUAAUUUAGAUGCAACUAAAAUCGAAACUGCGAAAUUGGAUGCUACCCAAACGGAAACUGCCAAAACAGACGCUAAACUAGACGUUGAUAAAACAGAUGCUAAAUUAGAUGUUGUUAAAACAGAAUCUAUUAAAAUAGAAUCAACAAUUGAAACUAUUAACUCUGAAGUAUCAAAAGACGAAACGUCUAAGACUGAAAAAAUAGAUUCAGAAAUAAAAAUAGAAUCAGUUGAACUACAAGAAACUGACGAAGAAAAAGUUGAAACCAAUGAAUCAACAUCUGAUAAAAUAGAAUCAGCUAAAACUGAGACUAUUGCUACUGAUAUAAAUGGAGACGAUGAGAAAAACUCUAAUGAAAACGUAGAAAUGCCAUCAAAUGAAGAACCUAAGGAACAGAUGGAUGUAGACGAUGAAGAAAAUAAAAAGCCAGAUAUUUCUGAUAAUAAUUGUAAAGUAGAAGAAGAAGUAUCUGAUAUUCCAAUAGAGCAAUCAAAUGAUAAGUCUUCUGAUGAAAUAGCCGACCAACAAACGGAAGGUGAACAAUCAGAAAAUACUACGAAUUUAGAGAACAAACAGACUGAAUUAAAAGAAAAAGACGAAUCACCAAAAAUUGAAGAAGAAAACACUGUAAAAAGUGACGAUGCCGAAUCUAAAAUUGAAUCUAUUAAAAACCCCAUCGAUGAGGUUCCUUCAGACACAAAUAAUAAAUCUGAUACCAAAGUUAUUGAACCCACUAUUAAAUCUAAGGAAUGUGCAUCAUCUGUAGAGAGUGUAGAUCGAUUAAAAGCUAUGUUUCCAGAACUGGAAGUUGUGCACAAAGAUGUUGCUAAUCCAAUCAUUGAUAAAUUACCAGUGCAUAAGCCUCUACAACAGAUUGAUCAAACCAUUGCUCAUCUCUUAGCUACAAGCUAUCAAAACCCAAUUAAGUGGCCUAAAGAACAUGCCCUAGUAGUCCGUUUACAGCAUAUAGUAGAGUGUGUAGAAACAGGAGAAUGGCCUGUAAGCAAGAAAUUUUCUGCUUAUGCUCAAAAUCCAAAUAUGUGUGGAAUGGGAAUUGAAGAAACUGAUAUAACUGUUUCUAAAAGAGAUGUUGGAGUAUCUCAUGAUCAUUUAAGUUUAUCUGAUAUCCAUAACGAACAUUCAAGUUUGAAGGCCAAUAACAUUAUGGCUCAUUCAAAUCCUAAUUUGAAACGUAAACGUCACAUUGCUAUUGAUGUAGAGACAGAAAGAGCUAAAUUGCAUGCAUUGUUAAAUACUAAUUCUAUCCCUGCUCAUCCAAUCAAACACUCUCCAGCUCCUAUGUGGGAACAAACAGAUGAAUCACUUUCUGAAGAUUCAAGGCGUUCAACUCCAGUCACUCCACAACUCAUUCAGCCCCCACCGGCUCACCAACAGUCUCAUAAUACACCUUCACGAUUAAUGAAUAUGGGAUAUGAUCUUAAAGUAUUAAACAAUCCCAAACCUCCUACUACUGUUGCUGCUACAACACAGUCUACUGGACCUAUGGAUUUAUCUUCUGGUGGUGGUACGCAAGCUGGAUGUAUGGAUUUGAGUUCAGGACCAAGAACACCUUCUGUAUCUAUUAAUGAAGCACAAGAUUUUUCAAUGCCAUUUAAAAAUAAACCAGCUCAAAGUAUAACUCAAACACCUUCAUCUACACCACCAAAAAGCAAAUUAGAUGAUAUGUUAAACAAACUAAUGCAAAAAAAAAAUUGUGUACGCACACCACGCCCUGCUGAUGAACCUGUAGUUGGAAAGGAAAUGAAACGCCGUAAACUAGAUGAAAUAGUUUUUGGUCUUUCUGCUGCCAAAGAACAGCAAUCAUUACCUUCAUCGGAACAGAAAAAACACUUGGCAUCAACUUCAGCUUCCCACAAUUACCCAACGCCUUCAAAUAAAUCACAACAAAAUAUGACACAACAAAUAGGAGCAGCUCAUAGACAAUCUAGUAAAUUAGAUCCACUUGCAGCAUAUUUAUCUUCACAAGUGCAUGAACAACAAACCAAUUUACUUAAACAACAUACAACUUUACAACAGCAACUUGCUCAACAGCAACAGGUGUUAAAAAUGUCUCAAGCAUCAAGUGUGUCAUCUGUAUCUCAAACACAACGUAAAAUGUAUGAAGCAAUGAUGGAUAGUAUGGCAAAAAGUACUGCAGAGUACUCGGGAAAACUAAAUGCUUCAUCAUUUUCUCAAGAAUCUAAAGUUAAUAAAUGGUUAGCUGAACAAAACGCGCUGAUGACUGACCAACAAAUGUCUGCAGACUUCUUAUCGGCUCCAAGAAGAAGACGGCCAAGGGUAGAUCCAACAUUGUUGGAUUGGAAAAAAUUAACUGGUGAAGAAAAUGUAUCUGUCAUAAAUAGAACAACAGGGAAAAAGUUAACUGGUACAAAAGCUCCACAGUUGAAAAGAAUUGGACAAUGGCUACUUGAAAAUCCUGCUUAUGAUGUAGAUCCUAAAUGGGCAGACUUAGUUAAGGAACGUGGAAAUCUCACUCAUGAUUUACAAAAACGUUUACCUCAAACGGAACGCAAGAAAGGUCCCGGUCGACCACCAAUGCAAACUGGAGACAAUCCGUCAAGUCAAUCUUUAUCAUCUAAUCAACCUUCAACAUCAAUGGCACCGAAUCUCUCUUUCCCGUCAUUGGCAUCAGCAGGCCUCGGUGGAUUAAAUCCAUCUACUUUGUUAUCAAGUUUGUCUAUGGGAAAUUUUGAUCCUAAAAACAAUCCUUUACUUAUGCCAUUUAGUGGAUUACCAAAUAUUGGUGCUUUAGGAGGUAUGGGAGGAUUGAGUAAUAUGAAUUUAACUAAUUCUUUAUUUGCCAAUCUCGCUGGUCUAGGCCUUCCUGGUUUGGCUGGUAUGGAUCCAUCAAGUAUGAAUGACAGUUCUCAUUCAACACAAAGUCCGCAGUCCAACUCUAAAUCAUCUAAAUCCAGAAAAUCUGAUUCUAAUACCAAAAAUAUUCCAUCCUCGUCAGCUAAUGUACCUUCGAGUAUGCCUGGCUCAUUGCCAUUUUUCUUCCCAAAUCCUAGCUUGUUAUAUACGCCUUUGGGUUUGGGUGGAUUAAAUCCAUUUUCAUUGCAACCAGGAGCUAUAUCAUCUGCAUAUGAUAGUCUUUCAUUGUUGAAUGGUAGUUUAAAUGUUUCAUCGCCUAACACAUCUCAAAACUCACUUUCUCGACAUAAAACGUCAAGUAGCCGUGGUCAAAAUUCGAAUGUUAGCACUGUUACAUCGUCUAGCCAACGACAACCAAGAAGCAGUACACAUCAUCUUCCAUCACCGACUCAAAGUUCUACAGAUCUUCUUGAGAAUUUAACACGAGCUGGCCGCAAUUUACCUCCCCCAGAUUUAUCUAAAAAUCGUAGUUCAAGAGAUGUUGAUAAUUUACGUUCCCUUAUGUCAAGUAUGCCACCAUUUAAUGUACUAGCUGCUGGAGCUCUAGCAAGUGGUAGUGAUUCAAAGAAAACUAGAGAACAAGAGAUGAGAGAGGCCCUUGAGAAUUUAAGUAAAGCUUCACCUGAACUAUUUGCUCGAGCUUUACCUGAUGACAAGAAAUUUAGUUUCCCAUCAAUGGAAAUGAUUGAGAAAACUUUAAAAAGACCGGCGGAGCAAAGUACAUCUAACGAAAGACCAAAUAAGCGAGCUAAAGACAUGAUAUCACCAAUUACAAUACCCGUUCCUCCUACGAUGACAAAACUACCAUCUACUAAUAGAGAAAAUUUAUCAGAAUCUGGUAUUGAUUUAUCUGGUACAAUUAAAGCCAAAUCACCCGAAAAACAAAGGGAAAAACUAAAAAAAAUGGAUAUUCCUCAACCCACCAAUGUGGACGUAGAAUGUGAUUCACAAUUAUUAGAUAAAUGUGACGCAGAAAGCAUUGAUAUGACAAAACAAAAAUCUGACAUGGUCGAUGAAAACGACGAAAAAAAUGGUGGCAAAAACCGAAAAAGAUGUCGAACAAAGAAAACUUCUGUUGAUGAGAAUGUAGAACGUAAAAAUUUACGAAGUAAUGCAGGAAGAGCUGCUGCAGCUGCAGCUGCCAGAACGAAGUCGCACUCACCAUCGCCAUCGCCUGAAUAAUGAAGUGUAUUAUAUUUUCUCUGCUACAACUUGAUGAGGUAUCAAACCAUUCCUAGUAUUUGAUGCUCAGAUAAGCAUUUCUGAUUGUUUUAUUAAAAUAUUUUUUUUUUCUUAAAAGUAUUAUUAUUUUUUUUAAAUAGUAUUUUUAAGAUAAUUAUUUCUUAUUUGGUUUGACGUUUAAGUUUUUUAAAAAUAUAUUUGUUUCAUUUUCGAUUAUUUCAAACCUAAAGCUCAAAUUCGAUAUUUGAUUUUUAUAAUUUUUGUUCAAUUGAAUUUAUUAUCAAAAAUAUGAUAAGUGCCGCUUUACUAUAAUCGAUCAUUUUGAGGUGUCCGUGAUGUAAAUAUAUUAUAUUGCUCUCUAAAAUAUAAAAAGAAUAAGUAAACAAAUCUAUUUUUAAAAAUGUCGAUUCCCUGAUUUUUUAUUGAUUUUUUUUUUUAUUUUGUUUAGUGAUUUUUUUAUACAACUGUGAUAGUGUAUUUUCAUUUCUGAGAACUUACACUUUGUAGGUGUAUUUGUGCAUUUGUAAAGAAAACGUAUAUUUUUACUACAUGUAUAAAUUAUAUGUUUUCUUCCUGGCAAAUAAUAAUUCAUAUAAAUACAUAUUUUUUUUUCCGACAGUUAUUAAUUUUAUUAUUUAACCAGUAUUCUGUUGCUAGGUAAUUUUUACCCUUUUCUCAAGCAGCUAAUGUGUCGCUUACGCACACAAAAUGUAUAAGUGUUAAUAUAAUUAUACUGGUAUUUAUUUGUUAAUAACAUUUUUAGUCAUGUGACCACAUUUCCUCAGUCACCAUUGUUUAUGUAUAACCCCAAGCAUGUCCGAUGUAUUUUAUGUGUAACCUAUUUUUGUAUAUAUGUUAUAUAAUUCUAUAUAAAUAUGUGUAUACAUAAACAAAUAAUAUUAUAGGUAAAAAAAACUUAUCUAGUUUUUAGUACUAUUGUUUUUUUUUUUAUUAUUAUUAAAAUUAAAAUAUCAAUUUUUUGAUGUACAUUAACCAUAUUCUAGAUCGAUGAUCCUUUUUAGGACGAGUUUGAUGAGUAUUACAUACAUGACCUGAACAAAAUCAGUUUAUAUAAAAUACAAAUUAGGUGAACGAAUAUGUACUUCAGUAAUAUUACUUUGUAGGUUUAAUUACAGGUUCUUAAGGUUCUUAUCUACAUUAUAAUAUAAUGUUAUGUGUAUAUAAAUAUAUGUGUAUUUAUUAGGAUGCAUAUUUACACGUAUAUUUAUGUACAUAAUAUACUUUGAAUUAUGUAUGUUGUAUGAUUAUGUAAUAAAAGGUAACGUGGAAAAUAAUAAAAACAUCACAAAUGUUCUACAACAUUUUUAAAUCGACCGCAGAGGUACUUAUAUUUAUAAUAUUUUAUUAUAUAUAAAUAAUGGGGUUCUUUUAUUUUGUUUGACAAUGUUUUCAUCAUGUGGUGGCCUUUAAAAAAUUAUAUAUAUACAAAUGUACCAUAUUUUAACUUACUCAAACCUAAAAUAUUUUAUCAUUUUUAAUCGAAUGGUAAGGUCGAGAAGGUUUUUAUAUGCUAGACAUUGUUUAUGUUUAACUUUCUUGAAAAAUGUUAUAAUCAUUGUGGAUAGAUGACUAGUAUUUAAUUAUUAAUUUGUUAGUUUUCUUCAAAACACAAUUAUUAAUAAUAAUUUCUUGUUUUCUAUCCAAAGAUUUUAACGUUGAUAUAAUACUAAUACAAAUUACUAUUAAUUUCAAUUAAUUUUUUUUUAAUUAAAUACACAUAUCUGCUCUCAAUUUUAACAACUUUAAAUGUGAGUUACAGAACCAAAAUGUAAUGGUUUAAUAAUAAGUAAAUGGAUCUUUUUUUUUUUUAAGUUAGAUUAACUACUGAUGGAAAUUUUUAGGAAAAUUGUGUAACUGUAUUCAUAUUUCCACGUCAUUUUUUAUUUAUUUAUUUAUUUAUUUAUUUAUUAUAUUUAUAUAGACUUUUAAAAACGCCAACCUUUGAUAAAAUUAAAAUUAAUUUGUUCCUACUAGGGACCUAUAAUUGUCAAUAUCAUUUAGAAACACAUGUCGAUGGUAACCUUUUACUGAUUAAAUUGUACUGGAUAUUAAUAAUUUGCCCAUUUGAAGGCUGAUAUAAGUACCUAUAAUAUAUUGUGCACUGUUUACAGUCGAUGUUUCUGUAACAUUUUUUUUUACUUGUACAAAAUAAAAAUUGUUUUUCUA